UGUGUGUAUAUAAUAUAUAUGUGUGUGUCCAUAGAUCUGGGCAAAUUUCCAAGUUAAGAGGGAGUUUUGAGGAGACCAAAAAUGAUGGAUUCAACUGGGUUGUUCUUCUUCACCAUUAAUUACUCAUUCUUCACUGAUGCAGCUGGAAUUGCUGGAAACCUCUUUGCUCUUGUGUUAUUUGUGUCACCCUUUCCUACAUUCAGGAGAAUUAUCAGAAACAAAUCAACAGAGCAGUUUUCAGGACUGCCCUACAUAUAUGGACUCUUGAAUGGCCUGGUGUGCCUAUGGUACGGCUUGCCUAUUGUUUCCAAUGGCACUGUUAUAGCAGUUGCCGUAGUCAACUCAAUUGGAGCAACUUUCCAGUUAUUUUACAUAGCCAUCUUCAUUAUAUAUGCGGAGAAAGAAAUUAGGGUGAAGAUGAUGGGACUCUUACUAGGAGUUUUCGGUGUAUUUGCUGCCAUAGCAUUUGCAAGCCUAAAUUUGUUUGAACCUCCCGAGCGACAGAUCUUCGUGGGAUAUUUGAGUGCCAUGUCUCUCAUAUCCAUGUUUGCUUCUCCAAUGUUUGUCAUCAAUUUGGUGAUCAAAACAAAGAGUGUUGAAUACAUGCCAUUCUCUCUCUCCCUCGCGACCUUCUUGACUAGUUUCUCUUUCUUCUUGUUCGGAGCAUUAAAGUGUGAUCUGUUCUUAUGGGUCCCAAAUGGAAUUGGAAUGAUUCUCGGGAUCAUGCAGCUGGUGUUGUACUACUAUUGCAUCAAUGUGUAUGGCGACGACUCGAGAGUACCUCUGCUGGAGUCUUUUGUAUGAACUAUCGCUCCACACGAACCACAGAAAGUCAGUCAGUCUGUCUGUCUGUCAUUUGCCAUUGCUUUGAUCGAAUAGGGAAGUCGGGGUUAAUUUGAGAUCCUUGCUAUUUGAAGGAAAAUCUCAAUGUAUUUGGUGCGGCAGUAGUAAGAUUGCUUUUCUAUAUAUCCGACUGUCACGACUCACACUCUUGGGUUCAAGACCUGCUGCCCUUUGGAAAUCAUACUACCCAGAUUCUGCAGUGACUUGGGAGUAGUGCACUUGGCAUUGUUUUGUCCAUAAGAUUUGAGGGAAAACAAUCCGUAUUCUUUGUUGAAGAUAUAUUUGUAACUUAUUUGUGGGAUGAAUUCAGCUGGUUGUUUAUGUAUGAAAGUGAUUGUGCAAGUUUAAGCCA